GACACAUGUUAGCUGAUUCUCUCUUAUUUCGCGACGUUGAGUGUGCGCUACCAAAUCUUUGCGCAGUCUACUUACUUUCUGUCAUCUUUGAAUAAAUGAUUUCCAGCCUCGAAAUAUAACCAUACACUUGAAUACGUUUGUCAGGCCUAUGUUGGAACGCCAUGACACAGCAACCUCUUACCCAUCGGCCACAAAGAAUGACCAAAGCGUCGGGGCGGCACAAAUCUACGCUGCGGCACAGCAGGAGGCAAAUCAUGAUAGUCGCAGACAUUCUACAUGCAACACCCUGGCGGCAUGGGGGUUGACGGCGGCGUUAAAUAUCAUCCCAGAGCAGUUCGGCAAAGGAUCUGAAAAUAAGGGAUGUUGGAGGAUAUAUCCAACGUGUAAUUCCGUGGCGGUGCGCAAUCAGACGCACUUGUUUUGGUUCCAGGAUAGACGAUACUCUUGCGAGUUGUGUUUGUUUUUUAUAGCGGCGACUACUUUCAUCUACUGGAGUUGUGUUCUUCGUCUUUUCAGCCGGCCAAAGUGGAGGGACAAAUAUCUGUCGCAGACCUUGACGACGACAUUCAUCGCUCUCCUUCCAUUUGCGGCGGUGAUCCAAGACCCGGCCACAAUCUUUCUUCGCGUUUUACCCACCGUCGUAGACGUGUGUGCUUCUGCAUGCCUUGCCUUGGACUACUGUGGGCAAUGACGACUUCGCAUCGCGGUUGAGCUCUGUGGCUCGGAAAGGCUGGCAGCGAGUGAUGGUGGAUGUGAUCGCAAGGAGUUCCGUGGUUCUGCAUUUUUGGUUAUUUUGACUUAAUUAAGGAUAUAUGUCAGUCAUGUUCUUGUAAUUUUGUGUAAUCAGCUCUCAAAAGCACUCAUGAGAGUAUGUUCAUUCCAGUAGCAUCAACAUCAAUACAUCUUCAUACACGAA